AUGAGGGUUCUGCUCCAGUAUCUGGGCUGCUUCUCAGCCUUCCUCUCAGUGGGGCUCCUCAUCGCAGCCACCUGGACGGAUUGUUGGAUGGUCAACACAGACGACUCCCUGGAGGUAAGUGCCACGUGCCGUGGCCUCUGGUGGGAGUGCGUCACCAAUGCCUUCGAUGGGAUAACCACCUGUGACGAAUACGACUCCAUCUUCGCUGAGCACCCAGUGAAGCUGGUCCUGACCCGAGUUCUGCUGAUCACUGCUGACCUUCUGUCCGGGCUCGGAUUCGUGUUUCUCCUCCUGGGCCUGGACUGUGUGAAGUUCCUCCUGGAUGAACCAGGGAUCAAAAACCGUAUCUGCUUCAUCUCUGGCUUGGCGCUCUUAACAGGAGGUAUUCCUGGAUUCAUUGGCUCCACGUGGUACGCCAUUGAGGUCUACGUGGAGCGCUCCACCCUGGUCUUGCAUAAUGUCUUCGUGGGCAUCCAAUAUAAGUUUGGCUGGUCUUGCUGGCUCGGGCUGAGUGGUUCCUUGGGAUGCUUCCUAGCCGGUGCCUUCUUAACCUGCUGCGGGCGCCUUCUCCAAGAUGCCAACUCAGAGAAGGACUUCCAUCCUGGUGCUUUACAGAAGGUUUACCUGCCUCCUGCCAUGACUCUCUCCUGCCAUCCGUCUGUGCCGACCGCCACGGCCAAGAUGUACGCAAGGGACACCGGGUGUAAGGAUGAGGAGGGGGGGCACAAGACAGGCUCCGAAAGUCUUCAGAAUGAAGGGGCUCCUUAAAGACCUGCUGGCAAGUUCUCCAUCCUGAGUCUUUAAAGUUAUGUUGCUUAACGAGCCCUGUAAUGCAAGAAACACCCUUGCCGUAUUUCAUCGCCCAAAGAUGGAGGUUUUUCAUCCAGGAAGCCAGAGAAUUUUCCUACCUCUGGGUUGAUAGAGAUUUAAGUAGGCGGCGUCCUCUCACUUGCCUGCUUCCUGCACCCAGAAUUAGUUCGCAUGGCUGCGUUUCUGCAUUUUUCAUCUGGGGUGAGGCUCCUUUUCUCCCUCUCCAGACUGCUCUUCCUCCAAAUUUUGCAAUGCCAUUUGCCAAGACUCCAAUCGGAUUAGGUAGAUUCGGAUGUUUUGACCCCAGAAUCUUCCCUUUCGUGCCUUCCGAAAAACGGUUAGCCCAGAACAAUUUGCAUGAUGAAGUUGCUCAGAAAAUAUGUCUAUUUGGAGCAGCGUGUCUCAAAAUAAUACGAACCUUCAAUGUUUUUU